UCCGGCCCAUGUCGUAGCUGCCCAAAGCAGGCCAUGAAGUCUCACGAAGCGACCACCGCGGUGAACUCGGGGCGACCUUGGUCCUCGCGCAGGCCAUCUCAACCUGAAUCUGAACGCACCCCAACACCUGUGACCCGACCUGGCUCUGCGUUGCCUUGGACCUCCAAUACCACCCCAGAUCCGUCCACUCCGCGCUUGGGUUCGCCCCUGCUGUACGGAACUGUGGGAGUUCAUUCAGGUGUUCCCCCAGAUCUGGUCCUGCCAUCCGAUGGGCAACAAUCUGGUGCCCUUCGCUUGAACGGAGGGGUCUUCCGCUGUCUGCGUCCCGAUUCGGCGCGCUUCCCGAAGGAGGACUUUCUGAAGGAGGAAAUCGAUGGCCGGCCCUCCACGGCCCCAGCCACGCGAGAGGCUGCAGGACCCGUGCCGUUUCCGCACGGACCACCCCCAGGACAUGGCCCUCCUCAGUUUGGAAGGGAUGUCCGUGCCGAGGAAGACCGGCCGAGCACGGCUCCAGCCACCGGGGCUUCCGCACGGGCGACAAAGGUGAACAAGAGGAAUUUCUCUGAAUCUCAGGAAGCCGAGUUUGAAGGUGUCUUGGAAGGUGAUGAAGAGCAGGAUGGUAUCACCACCUUCUCGCAAAUCGAAGAGGACGAUGGGCCAGUGGCGUACCGCCAACAAGUUCCGUCGAAGGCCUUCAGGAACCUCUCCUUUGAAAAGAUGGCUUCCAGCCCGAUGGCUGUGGCACUGCGAAGGGUGCCCUGGCGCCCGGAGCUCUUCUUGGCCUUGAAGAAGGAGGCCUUAGACGCGCGCGAAGAUCCUAUGCUUCGGACUCUGAUGCAGCGUCUGGUGCAGUUUUCGACCCGCAAGGCCAUUGCUCAGGAGUCCUACUUCGUCUAUGCCACUUCAGGGAAGGAGGACAUUGGAGAGCAGGUCACUUUGUGGCCUCACGUUGGACGCUGCGAUGUGCGGUGGUAUGGUGAUACCAGACCACGGGCUUCCUUUGACAUGAAGCCCUCGGUGAAGCAGGCGAGCAAAGAUGCUGUAGUCUCGAGUCAUUCAGUGCUGGACACUUUGAUGCACCUGAAAUCUGUCUGCCCAGAUCAUCCGGUGGUGUUAAUCGCUGAAGUCAUUGACUUUGAUGGCAAUGGAGACGUGGACCAGCGAAAUGCCUGCAGCAUCAUGCCCGAUGAUCUGCUGCUCCGCAGCGACCUGGGCCGUUUCCUGGAUCACAUCAAACGCUCGUGUCGGCAAUACAACCAGAAAGACAAUCGGCCAAAGAGCCAAUUGAGGGACUACAUGACCGACCAGGUGUGUCCUUUCGUAGUACGCCUCAAUGAGGUGACACUCUUCCGCGGUCCUGCGGAGCAGGGCUAUCCCUUUCUGAAGGACAACCUGCAAGUCACCGUGCUACUGGUGGCAGUGCCGCACCAAAGAGCGGCACUGCAAAAGGUCUACUAUCAGACCAAGCCUCCGGUGGACUGGUACGAGCAGCUGGCCGAAUACCAGGCCCUGGUGUCACGCUUCAUCCAGCUGGCGCGAGCCAUUGAAGAUUUGUCCAAGGCCAGCCCAGAUCACAAGGCUAUGGUGGUGAUGCCAAUGCCAGGCUGCUCCUCCAAUGUCCAGCAGCCCAUUGAUGCAGUGGCCAACUGCUUGAAGCAUUGGAAACACAAUUACAGCCAUCUGCUGGAAGCCUUACACAUUUGCUGCAGGAACCGACGUGGUCCAGACAAUGUUUUGACUGCUCGCGUGCGCGCGGCGGUGAAUCUACGCGAGCGGCCUGCACCGGGGCUGGAUGCAAAUCACAGGAACAAUCCUUGGAAGCGAAAACCCAGGAUCACAAUUGACAGAGCGGUCUUGGACGACCCUUUGGAUGAGGAUGAGACUGAUGAGGCCGUAUCGCAAUUCCGAGAGAUUUCUGAACGCGCCAUUGAGUUCGGCACGGACCGACGAGGUUCCAUUCAGUGGACUUCUAAGACCUUGGUGGAUUUCAUGAGGAAGCGAAAAGAGCUGCAGAUUCAACAAGCGAAGGAUCCGGGCCCCAACACACGUCGCUCCAUGGCCUUAGCCAUGGCCACGGUGUUCCACUCGAUAAAGAACGAUGGGACGACGUCCAACAUCUUUGGCUUCUCGGAGGAUGCUUCCUCCGAUGGAGGUGACUCAGGAGCCUCGGGACUCACUGUGGCCAGUGCUGUCAGCGAGAUUGCAGCAGCAUCUCCUCCUUCCUGCAGGAGCUUGGGCUUGGAAAGAGCUGUGACAGAGGGCAAACCGCAAGCGCGUCGAAGCAGCUUGCCGACCUUGGAAGUUGCGAGGCGCUCCGAAACAGCGGUCCGCCAGGGCCUUCCCGACGAGCUGCCAGAGCCGCCCAUGCGUCGUGCCUCCACGGCCUGCGUGAGGCUUGAGAAGGAACAUAAGGAACUGGCGCUCCUGAUGCCAGAGAAGGUGCGCGAAAUGCGAGAGAUUCGCGACAGAAUGGCACGGAAGACCAUUCAAGCAAAGGCGGUGGGCAAGGUGUUGACUGACCGCAACAAGACGCCGGUGACGAACUUUGACCUGCGUAGGCGGAGUUCGCUGUCGGGUCAAAUAGGUCCUGGGGAAGACUUCAAGCUCUUUAGCGGCAAUGUACCAUCGCCCAGUGUGAGUCAAGACAUAGGCAGCAAGAAAGUGACCCUCGACCUCGCGGAAGCGCAAAGCGAAGCAGGACUCGCACGACCCGCCUCACGGAAACCAACCUUGGUGACCACCGCAAGCCUCAAAGUACGCUCGGAUACCCGAACUAGGCUACUGGAAAGAUCCAAGGAGAAACAGGAGAAACAUGAAGCCUCGACGUCUACUAGCGUGCCGCGCAAGGGGCAAUCGGUCAUGAUGCUGAGACGCGCGCAACGUCAGGCUGAUGCCUUGAAGGUCAAGAAUAAAGAGGAAACAGAAACUGCCGUGAAUGUGCGGCGGCGGGGACGUGCCGCCAUGAACUUCCAGAUGGCGAAAUUUGAUCUGCCGGUGCCUCCGGAUCGGCCCAUUGCUUCCCUUCACACCCAGUUCCGCAGGAGAAACAUGCGUGAGAACAUCAUGAUUUUCCGGGGGAGGUGUGAAGACAACCUGUCUCAAGCAGACCUUUUGGACGUGGAACUCGCCACCGCGGAGUGCGAAGGUGAAAUCAUUGAAGUCAGCCAGCAAGCCAAGAAAUACAUGAAGUGAAAAUAUCGAUAUCU